CUCCCCAUAUAUAAACACCAUUCCUCACGAAUAUAACACCUUCUACAAUAAUUAAACAAGCAAAAUCAAAGGCAAAAAAAAAAUGAAAAUGAUGAACCCCUCUUUUUCAAUCAUCUUCAUCUUCUCAAUAUCCAUCACCAUCCACCUCUCCUCCUCCUCGAGCCUCCUCAUCAACACUACCUGCGAAUCCAUGGCGUCCGACAGCCCCAACAUAAAGUACGGCUUCUGCGCGACGUCCCUGCAGGCGGCCCCGGCCAGCAGCUGCGCGUCGACGCGGGGGCUGGCCACCAUCGCCAUCCGCGCCCUGCGAUACAACGUGACCGACACGCGCUGCUUCAUCAAGCAGUUACUGAAGAGGCGGAGCUGGGACGCCUACGUGAGGCAGUGCCUCGGCGACUGCUUCGACCUCUACUCCGACGCCAUCCCCACCGUCAAGCAGGCCAUGAGGUCCUACAACGAGAGGCGCUUCGACGACGCCAACGUCCAGCUAAGCUCCGUCAUGGACGCCGCCACCACCUGCGAGGACAGUUUUACAGAUGGUGACGGCGUCGUUUCGCCUCUCACGAAGCGGAAUGCAGAUGCUUUCCAGAUCGGGGCGAUGGCGCUGUCUGUCGUCGGUAUGAUUCGGACGGGAUCGGCCUGAGUUUUCGUCUUCCCUUAUCUGUGUUUAUGUAUUGCUUUUGUUUAUGUUCGAUCAUGUUAUUACCUUGAUGUGAAAAAGACACGAUUUGUGUACUAAUUUGCAAACUGUGUACUCCUUCCAAUCCCCAUUAAAUAUCUUAUAGGAGUAUUUCUUUAUUUACAUUUUUA